CGGAUUCAGAGUAUCUUCCCAAGUCAUCAUUUUCAUCUAAUCUCCAUCAACAUGCUUUUCACGUCAUCAGUCCUCAUCGCAGCUCUGGCAAGCUUGGCGCAGGCGCAAAGUGUCACACCCUCAGGCUUUACUCCAUCAGCAAGCAACAAGCUAGACAUCUUCUUCAACUCGACUAUGGUCAUGACACCAGGCCAAAUGCUUACCAAAGCGGAAACAGCAAGCCAGCCAAAGAUUGCACUAUCAAGCAGAAUGGCCAACUCGAGUGCGACGUAUAUGUUCGUCAUGCUCGACCUCGAUGUGCCGCCAAUGCAAGGGACCACAAAGCGCCGUGUUCUACUCCACGCUGUGAACACAGGCUUUAAGGCGACACAGCAGAAGAUCGGCGGGUCUGCCACCCUACUUACAUCGACUGAAAAGGGACCAGCAGCAUACAUUCCCCCCAGCCCGCCGCCAACAGACACCAUCCCUCAUCGUUACGUUCAGCUACUGUUCCAGCAGCCUGCAGACCUCAAAAUCCAAGCCUCCGACUUCAACGAGACAUCGGCCCGGAUCAACUUCGACAUCAACGCUUUUAUGACCAAGAACAAAGUCAGUGCACCCAUGGCUGGCAACUUCUUCAUGGUCGAUGGCAGAGCAACAUCGACCGCCAAAGGGACAGCGUCAGCCCGUGGAAGUGGUGGAAUGCCUAGAAACACCGUUCAGCCCUUCACAGGUGCUGCAGAGAAAUACGGGCUAUCGCCUGGUAUGGCUGGCCUGCUAGGUGGACUUGCUCUGCUCGCCGUUUAGAUGUGAGGUCAUGCCUCAAGGAUACGCUAGUUCUUCUACUUUCGUUUAGUGCUCGAGAACAGAAUGC